AUGCACCGAUCCUACUCCCUCAGGCAGUCAAGGGCUCCCAACGCCAGCCAUGCCACCCACCCACCCGCACCCACCUCCACCACCAAGUCCAAGUUCUUCAGCAACUCCCUCGGCGGCACCUUCCGCAAGUCCGCUGCAGGCGCAUUCGCUCCAGACCUCGCAAAGCGACUCGCCAUCCUCGUCAAGAUGGAGAAGAACGUCAUGCGCUCCUACGAAAUGGUCGGCCGUGAACGCAAGGAAGUCGCACGUCAGCUCUCCGUCUGGGGCGAAGACUGCGAUGAGGAUGUCUCCGACAUCACCGACAAGCUCGGUGUUCUCAUCUACGAGAUCGGAGAGCUCGAAGAUGGCUUUAUCGACCGUUACGACCAGUACCGUCUCACCAUGAAGUCCAUCCGUAACAUCGAAGCUUCCGUCCAGCCUUCCCGCGACCGCAAGCAAAAGAUCAUGGACACCAUUUAUAUGAUGAAGCACAAGGAACCCCAAAACCCAAAGUUGGUUGUGCUUGAACAAGAGCUCGUUCGUGCCGAAGCAGAGUCCCUCGUUGCCGAAGCACAGCUCUCCAACAUCACCCGUGAGAAGCUCAAGUCUGCCUUUACCAUGCAAUUCGAUGCACUCAAGGAGCACGCCGAGAAGCUUGCCCUCAUUGCAGGCUACGGUAAGCACUUGCUCGAGUUGCUCGAUGACUCCGCCGUCACACCCGGAGAGACCCGUGCUGCUUACGACGGCUAUGAAGACUCCAAGCAAAUCAUUGUUGACUGUGAGAAUGCACUCAUGGACUGGACACACGCUGCUGCCCAGGUCAAGCCUUCCUUGUCGACCCGUCGUCGCAACAGGCAGUCCAACCGAUCCCUCAACGAUGGCGAGUGGGUGAAUGCUGAUGAGCACGAGGACCAAGAGGAGGAUGUCAUCAACGAU